UUAGUUACUGUUUGCUCCAAGUAUUCUUUCCACGAGGAAAUAAUUGACUGGGAAAGAGCCAGGGAAAGAUGUGGCAAUCAAGAGAAUAGUUCACUUGUCUCUAUGGAAACCGAAAGAGAAUGGCACUUUGUUAUGAACUUAACCAAAAAGCGAAAAAAAGAGCGUUGGUUCAUUGGUUUGAAAAUAGUUGAUGGAUCGCAUGCGUGGUGCUGGUUAAGUGGAAGCAUCGCCUACGUCAAUGAGAAUUCAUCAGGAACAUGGCGUUGGAAUAAAGGAGAACCAAACAAUCUUGAAACAGAAAAAUGCGUAGAGAUGUUGCAAAACGGAAAGUAUAACAACAUGAUGUGCCGGGGAGAAUAUUAUGAUGAAAAUCCAGGAUAUAUAUGUGAAAAGCAAGUC